AUGAAAGGAAAGAGACUCAAGCAAGCAGCUGCUUUAUCAUCAAUAAUUAAUCCAGAUGAUAAGUUUAUUUCCUUUCCAGAUGGUGUGAAUAUCUUUGGUAGUAAAGGUUUUGGAUCUGCUUUUAUAAUUCGUGAAUGUUAUAAAGAUUUGUGGAAAUUGAUCACUGAAGAUAAAAAGUAUAAUGGUUUUGUUAAAUUUAAGGUCAAUACCAAUGAGAAUAAUGGUAAUACUGACAACAAUCUUAUACAAGAGGCAGGCGUAUUUCUAUUAGCAACUCAUAAUGGAAAUUAUGAUCUUG